AAACCUAACGAAGAAGCAGUCAUUCAACGAUACAUCGAUAAAUGCGUCUAUUUCUAUGGUGGAUCUAUGUUUUGGAUUUACAUGAGUGCUGUCUUCAUUAUAUCUGGACCUGUUACGCUAGAUCAACCAUUUCCAACAAACGCCGAGUAUCCGUUUAAUGUUUAUCAUCAACCUCUAAGAUCUAUCAUCUUCAUACAGCAGAUUAUAGCUUGUAUGCAAGGUGCUGCUCAGGAAUGUAUGACUAUUUUUAUGGCGCUCUUAAUAUGGUUUACGUCGGCAAGGCUUGAAAUAUUAGUCGAAAAAUUUCAAAAGGUCACAAACAUUUAUGAAUUAAAGAAAUGCAUUCAAGAACAUCAAAAUCUAUUGAAAUACGCGGAAGAAGUGAUUAUUUUAAUUCGCCCUUUUGCAUUAUCGACUGUGUGCCUUAGUACUACCGCAUUAAUAAUAAUAGGCCUCAUCUUAUUAACCGAUCAACCAUUGUCAAUGAAAGUUCAAUGCGUUGGUAUAAUUUUUAGUGGAUUAUCAGUGGUAUUUAUGUUUACGUGGCCAGCAGAACAUUUGAUUCAUAUAAGCGAUGAGAUCGGACAGGCAGUUUUUGAUACGGAAUGGUACCAACAAUCACUUGAUCUGCGGAAGAUUGUACAGAUAGUUAUGUUAAGGGCUCAAAAACCAAUAAUUAUUUCAGUACCGUGCGUUAUCCCCGUAUUAUCUUUAAAAUACUAUGCAUCGUAUUUAUCGACUAUAUUUUCCUAUUUUACGACGCUACGAGUAGCCGUGCAAAAUGUCUGAGAUGGAGUGAGCAAGAAUAUUAUCGAUAAAAUAAAAAAAUAUGCUAGCAAUUAUAUUAAAUAUUUAAAAGUCAAUAUAUUUGUUUCAGUAUUAUGCCAAUUAU